AUGGUGUACAAACUUCUGCUGCUCAUCGCUUGUCUCAUCUCACCUCGGCUGUCCUAUGCCACAACUUCUAAAACAAAAACUCAAGUGAAGAACAACUCCGGUGUGACACCAGCUGGCCAGUGUGGGACUUGGAUAAAGGAACCUGAUGGAGGUUACUUCACCUCACCCAACUAUCCUGAGAAGUACCCGCCUGACAAGGAAUGCAUAUACAUUAUCGAAGCUUCUCCACGGCAGUGCAUCGACCUGUUCUUCGAUGACAAGUACUCCAUUGAGCCGUCCUGGGAAUGUAAAUUUGACCACAUUGAAGUCCGCGACGGGCCUUUUGGUUUCUCACCCAUCAUCGGCCGCUACUGUGGGCAGGAAAGCCCCGCGUACGUCCGCUCCAGUGGGAGGUACCUGUACAUCAAGUUUGUAGCUGAUGGAGAACUGGAGGCCAUUGGCUUCUCUGCCCGAUACAACUUCACACAAGAUCCUGAAUUUAAAGAGCUUGGGGACCUGCCAGCUCUUCCAUUUUGUGAGUUUGAGCUGAGUGGAUCAGAAGGCUUUGUGGAAUCACUGCAGAUCUCAAGAGAGGGCCGAGCACAGUACACUGAAGCUGUGGACUGCAGGUGGCACAUCAGAGCUCCAAAGAAAGCCAAGAUCUACAUGCGCUUUCUGGAGUACGAGAUGCACAACUCCAACGAGUGCAAGCGGAACUUUGUGGCCAUCUACGACGGCAGCAGCUCCGUGGAGCACCUGAAGAACAAGUUCUGCUCCACGGUGGCCAACGACGUCAUGCUGGUGUCGUCGGUGGGCGUGGUGAGGCUGUGGGCAGACGAGGGGAGCAGGAAGAGCAGAUUUAAGAUUCUCUUCACAACUUUCCACGAACCUCCAUGUGAGGGAGACACUUUCUUCUGCCACAGCAACAUGUGCAUCAACCAGACUCUGGUCUGCAAUGGUGUCCAGAACUGUGUUUACCCAUGGGAUGAGAAUCACUGCAAAGAGAAGAGAAAAGCUAGCAUCCUGGAUACGCUGGACAACACUAAUCUCACCAUCAUCGGGGUGACGUGCGGUCUGGUUGUCAUCCUGCUCAUCAUCUCUGUCAUCAUCCAGGUCAAACAGCCUCGCAAGAAAUACAUCAUUCGAAGAGACGACUUCGACCCCGCCCUUCUCCACCCGGGCUUCGAGCCUCCUCACUACGAGCUCUGCACUCUCCGCCGCGCCCCGUCUGGAGACCUCACCGAUCCCGCGCUGGCUGAAGACUUUGACAAGUUCCACAAGCUCCGACGUGCGGAAAGCAAAUGCAUCCGCGACCACCACUGUGGGUCUCAGCAGGGGAGCGUGCACGGCAGCGUGCACGGCAGCCGCAGCAACCUGAGCAUGCGGGACGCCACCAUUGCGCCCGACGGCGCGGCCCUCGCGCCUCCGCUGCCGCCGAUGAUGGUGAGCCAGCAGUCGCCGCGCCUGUCUCACCACACCACGCCCACAGCUCGACGGAACAUCGUGGUGAUGAAACACAGCUACUCGCAGGACGCGGCGGAGGGCUACAGGGGGGAGGAGGACGACGACUUGAUGCUGGAUGACGGCCCCACCACCAGCCACCACCACAUGCACCACCAUCAGGUGCACCACGGCAUGUCAGGGCUGGACCACACUGUCCACCGCACGUUGUCCAAUGACUUCUAA